GGCCUGGGCGGGAGAGGCUGUGAGCGGCCGGGCAGGAGCCGCGGGGCCGGGCAGGGCCGGGCAGUGCCGCGGCGCAGGAGCAGCGGGCAGGAGGCGGCCGGCGGCAGCCGGGAGCGGGCGGAGGGGAGGCUGGACGCCCGCCCAGCAGGUUUGAUAGCUACACUGGAUCUUUGAUUGUGAUCUCCUCUAAAUUGCAACACUGAAAACAAUGGCAACGGAAUGUAUAAAAGACUGCUGUAAAUGGUGUUUCUGCAUGGAAAAAGAAAAAAAUUAUCCCGUUUCCAUGGUGAAGGAAUCUGAAGCAGCAGCCGCAAGCAAGCCAGCUAUUGUAGAGAAGCCUCCAUUGUCUUCUGUGUCAGUGAAGCGUCAAGUUGGCUGUUCAGAGGAUUAUCUGCUUUCUAAACUGCCCCUGGAUGGUCAGGACGUACCAUUUGUGGUUCCUCCGUUCAAAUUGGCCUAUGUACAACCAAAGAACCUUCCUAGUAUCUCACAAGGAGGGAUUCAAGAAUCUGCCAGAGCCUCAUUUGGUGACCGGAAAGCAGAACUGCACGGCGUGUACCAGUGGCCCCACUAUGACGUGUAUAACCCGUUCUAUUUGGAGCAGCGGGUUUCGCCAGAUCUGAUUAGGCGCUUCCAAGCAAAAUCAGAUAAUAGGAAAUUAUAUGGAUCAGUUAGUGAUUUGAGAUCCAGUGCUUUACCUGGAUCAUUUGAUGUAAGUCGUUCAAUGUUCGAUCUCAGAAGCCCACCUCAUCGCUUCAUGAAGAGAUACGAUUCAUUAUCCAGUGUACCUAGCAGUACCUCUUCCAGGAAGGAUUCACAAGGCAGUAACAGGAGUCUGGAUACUAUUACAUUAUCAGGUGAUGAACGAGACUUUGGAAGACUGAAUGUGAAGUUGUGUUAUAUUUCUUCUGUAGAACAGAUCUGGAUCACAGUUUUACAUUGCAAAGACCUAAGCUGGCCUUCUAGCUGUGGGCAACAUCCUCAUAUCUAUGUCAAGGGAAUUCUCACACUGCCCAAACCAGUGCAUUUCAAAUCUUCUGCCAAGGAAGGGUGUACUGACAUGGAAUUUAUGGAAACUUUUGUAUUUGCUAUUAAACUGCAAAGCCUGCAGGCUGUCCGAUUGGUAUUUAAAAUCCAGACACAGACUCCCAGGAAAAAAACAAUUGGAGAAUGCUCCUUGGCACUGCGGGAGCUCAGCUCGGAGGAGUCAAGUCAUUGGCUGGAUAUAUCUCCUCCUUCCAAGGCACCUGUGUGCUGCGCAGAACUUCAAAUAGGAACUUGUUUUCAAGCAGUAAACAGGAGGAUACAGUUACAGAUUCUUGGAGCACAAAACCUUCCAGUUUCAUCUACACCACUGUCUUCAAAUUUCUUUGUGAAAGUUGGAAUGUUUACUACAGAAGGGAUGAUCUAUAAGAAGAAGACUCGUCUUCUGAAGUCCAGUAAUGGCCAAGUGAAGUGGGGAGAAAUGAUGAUUUUUCCAGUUAGCCAAGCUGAACAUGGAAUUGGUUUUCUCAUCAAGCUCUACAGCAGAAGCUCAGUGAGAAGAAAACACUUCCUAGGACAGAUCUGGAUAAGUUCUGAUAGCAGUAACAGUGAAGCAGUAAAGCAGUGGAGAGAUACUAUUGCUAACCCUGAAAAUGUUGUUGUUAAGUGGUACAACAUUGGUCCGUCUUGAAGACUGCAGAUGAAACUCAGGACUGAUUUUCCUACAGAGAUACUCCUACACUGUUUAAAAUAGUAUAAAUAAAAAUAAAAAUAUUGUCCACACAAGUUCUUUGGAAGUUCUCCACUACAUCAAACCUCCGUGGUAACUGGGAAAAUUCAGUUUCACCAAGAGGAAUGUUGGCUAAAUAUUAUUAAGAGGAAAACUUAGGAAAUGGAAAAGGGCUCAUUUGAUUUUAACAAAUCAACACUGAAAAAUAUAUUUUUGUCCCUUUCAAGCUCCAUAGGAGCACAGGAAUCCAGUCUUGGAGAAAAGCAGCUUGAAUCAGCAUCUUCUUCACUAGUCACUGGCACUAUCCUCAUCUGAGAAUUGGUCCAGUCAGUGGCUUGAUCCUAGGUACCUCUGAGCCUCUCGGACUGCACCUGUGCUGACACCAUUUGGUCAGAGAAAUGUGUGCCUGAGCAAGUGGGAAAGCUGUAGCAGUAGAAGGCAUAAAGGGAACUUUGCAAUAAGGCAGUAUCCAAAGGCUUUUCUAGUCUCCAUCUUUGAUGAAGGGUUGUUCAGUACCCUGACAUGCCUGUAGCUUGUGUUUUCCCCCAUCCUUCUCUAAACAGAGCGAUUGAAAGAUAGGAGUUUCUCUGAUUGUGAUCUUUGCAAGUAGGGCCCUCCAGACUUGCUCUGUUUGGGUGAAUUCUGGUUGGAAUCAAUGGAAUAAUAUAAAGAGGCAACAACCCUGCCUAGAAUCAGGGCUAGUAUUUUUAGAUAAAUUUCUUGUAUAGAAUUCUUACACGUAAACCACUUCCUAUCUAAUCAACAAUGUUCUAGCAUUUGCUUACAUUGCUAAAACCCAGACUAACAUGUACGAAGGAGUAGGCAAAUAUUUACUGGCAUAAGUGCUUUUUGAUAUUAAAAUGCAGCACAGUAUGGAACUCAGCUUUUUUUAAAAGAUGGGCUACUACUGCAGAAAUAUUUGUUACAUGAUGAUGAAAAAUUACGUGUGGGAGUAUUUUUGCUACUUGUUUGUAGCACGAAAAAAUUACCAUAUUUGCAUUGCAAAUUAUAUUUCUCGUACAAAAUCCUAAGAUUAUUUUUUCUGUCAGUCCCCAUAUUUUCAGGGGUUUAUUCACAGUUAUUUUUAAGGUGGGAAAAUGCCAUGUAUAUGAACGUCUAAAAGCACAGACCUCUGCUCUACUUGAACUAUGGGAUUUGAAAAAUAUGUAUAUUCUAUUAAAUCCACUGCUUACAGAUUUACUGUUGGCUGUCUGGACUGUACAAAUGCAUAUGUUUGUAUAGACACUGAAUAAUUUUCUCUUUUUAUAACUUGGAUCCCUUUCAAGCAUUUGACAUGGACUAGAGUGGCAGUGAGAGCACUUGCUGCUGCAAGGCAAAGAAACACUGGGGAGCAAAGAAAAUGCUGUAACAGGAAAGCACAUUGUAUUUAAGUGUAGAGCUCACAGCAUCUUUAACUUUUUUGACUUUGAGUAAGGGUCAAGAAAAAAUAGAAUCUCUUUGAUAUUUCUCUUUUAUGAGCUGAUAAUUAAAGCUUUUAAAACUUCAACCAUACAGAUUUUUGGUUUUGAAAUUCAGUGUUUUGAAAAUGGGCAAACAAAAGGAUUUUCCCAGGCUCUUACAUAUUCUGCUUUUGACCAGUUUUUAUAAAUUAACUGGAAAAGUUUUGCAUGUUACUUGGAGAACAAACAUGAGUUCUAGCUCUUACUGACACUCUUUGCAGAGCUCCCAGUAGGCCCAGAGGAUCUUGACUGACAGCAUUAACUUCCAGCCAGUUAAAACACUUGGGAUGAGCCUGGCCUGAUGGGUAAAAUGAAAAAAAGAACUGGACCAAGCUGAUGUUCUUAGAGUAUCUUUACUUGAAUAUGACAAUCUUUUUAUUCAUUGUGGCUGAACUGCAGUAAACAGAAGUGCAGACUGUUUCCUUAUGUAGAAUGCUGCUCUAUUUGAAAGAGAAGACGGAAUAUCCCAGCACUUUGGAGGCUUCGAUUACUACAGAGUGGUUCUAGAGAGACUGCCAACUCAGUGGAUACUGUGUAAAAUGGGCUUUUUGGGGCUGUUUAAGUACACCUAGCCCUUUAAAGGCCUAACUAGUAACAUCUCUGUUUUCCUAUGUUAAUAUUUAAUCUAUGUGUUCAUAAUAAAAGUUAUGAACAGAAAA